CAGCGGGGGAACGAUUUGGCGGGAGCACAGGGCCGCUCGGAGGCCGCCGCCGCGAUGCUCCCCUCCUUGCAGGAAUCUCUCGACGGGGAUGAAAAGGAGCUAGAGAGCAGCGAGGAGGGAGGCUCCGCCGAGGAGCGAAGGCUCGAGCCGCCGCCCAGCAGCCACUAUUGUCUCUACAACUACCGCGGAAGCAGAUUGGCACAGCAGCGAGGGGACACUGAUGAUGGAAGCCCAGUUGGCACAAAUGCAGAAACUCCCUCUGGUGAUGAUUUCAGCCUCUCCUUGGUGGAUACUAAUCUGCCAUCUGAAGUGGAGCCAGAGCUGCGCAGUUUCAUUGCUAAGCGUCUUUCUAAGGGAGCAGUAUUUGAAGGACUGGGUAAUGUUGCAUCUGUGGAGCUGAGGAUUCCGGAUUACCGAGUCGGUUGUUAUUACUGUCUUUUCCAACAAGAAAAAGUGCUUCCUGAAGCAGCAACAGUGGACUCUGAACAUAAUGCUUCAGAGUAUGUGGUCUGUUUUUUAGGAGGAUCUGAAAAAGGACUUGAGCUUUUCAGGCUUGAAUUGGACAAGUACAUUCAAGGGCUGAAAAAUAACAUGAGCCAUGAGGAAAGGGGCUUGGAGAAUCACAUAAAAUCCUACCUGAGCAGCUGGUUUGAGGAUGUUGUAUGCCCAAUCCAAAGGGUGGUUCUUCUUUUCCAGGAGAAGCUUACCUUUCUGCUACAUGCCGCUCUAAGUUAUACUCCUGUUGAAGUUAAAGAAUCAGAUGAAAAAACAAAGAGAGACAUUAACAGGUUCCUGAGUGUGGCCAGUCUUCAAGGCCUUAUUCAUGAAGGCACCAUGACGUCUUUGUGCAUGGCCAUGACGGAGGAGCCACAUAAAUCUGUGGUCAUCGAUUGCAGUGGCUCCCAGCCUCAGUUCUACAAUGCAGGAAGCAACCGGUUUUGUGAGGACUGGAUGCAGGCUUUUUUGAAUGGCACUGAAGGAGGUAACCCUUUUCUUUUUCGACAAGUACUGGAGAACUUUAAGCUAAAGGCCAUACAAGACACGAAUAAUUUGAAGAGAUUUAUCCGACAGGCAGAAAUGAAUCAUUAUGCUCUGUUUAAAUGUUACAUGUUUCUAAAGAACUGUGGUAGUGGAGAUAUCCUUUUGAAGAUUGUUAAAGUGGAACAUGAAGAAAUGCCUGAAGCCAAAAACGUGGUGGCUGUCCUAGAAGAAUUUAUGAAAGAAGCUCUUGCCCAAAGUUUUUGAUCACAUGUUUUGAGAUCAUCAUAUUGUGAAGUUGUACAUUCAAGCCUUGGUGUUUGAAACUACGGUUGUUGUAAUUGUCAUAGGAUUGCUACUUAAGACUAUUUCAAAUACAUUCUAAAUUUUUUCAUUUUUUACUUUUAAAUAACUUACUUAGAACAUAAAAAUCUGAGGACCAUCUUCACUGAGUCCUAGAUGUGUGUUAGAGUUGUGUAAUUUUAGUAUACUGCUGGCCCCAUAAAUUCUAGACUUUAAGGGUUUGAUGCUCAAAAAUCUUGAAAGGUAAUUUUGUGGCUUCUUUGAGGAGUUGGCUGCAGGAUUUAGCAAUUUUUCCUUCCAGAAAAAUUGUAAUACUCCUUUUUCAAUGUACUAUAGCUUCUUAUAAAAAAUGUCCUCCUAGUCUCACAAAUUAGUGCUGUGAUACCGUUUCAGAGACAGAUCUGUGCAUCCUGUGGGUGCUUGGAUAGAUUUUUUUUUUUUUGUCUGAUUGGUAAUGACAUGGAUGAUAAAGCCAGCUUUUAAGUCAAUACACAAAUCACAAGUGUGUGAGAAAUUAAAUGAGCUUUAAAAAUAGAUGCACUAGCUUCAAGACAAAACAUCAUCUUUGAUGGAAGGCUACUGCAGAAGUGGCCUCCAUCCCCUUUCUUCAUUCAUUUGUUCACAGGUAUUUGCCAAGAGCCUGUAUUUUAUUUUCUCUGAAAAUGCUGGAAUUUUCAGAGUGUUAAAAAAGAAAAUACAUAAAUUCUAUAAGCAAACUGUAACAUAAAGAAUAUAAACUGAUUCUGCAUAUUGGAGUUACUCAUUGAUUUUAGUUUUUUGUAUAUUUGUUACAAGCCUCAUAUUGUUUUAUUCCAAAUCAAUUGAAUGUGCCCUCAGCUAGAGCCAUUUAUAAUUCCCAUGGAAGCCAAUUGUAGCUGCACACGUAUGAUGGCAGUUUGUUCUGCAUAGCUCUUUAAUAAAUCCAUUUGAUAGUGAUUUUUGUUUAGAAGAUCAGAAGUCUUCUCACUGCCCUCAGGAUGCUCAGAGGAACACAAGCCCGUAAAAAUCCUCUCCUAAGCUCAUCUAAAUUCACGUAAGUGCUGAGUUUUAACUUUUAAAAUGACUGACAACGGUCUUCUGCUUUCUCUUCUAUAGAAGUCUGGGGACAUGACUCACCAAGCCAUUUCUUUUCCUCUAAUGAGAAAUACAAUUCAGGAUCUUCAUAAAGGCUCUCAUAUGGUUUUAAAUUUUAAUAACUUGGAUUGUAGGCAGUGCAGAAAACAAAAUCCAAAUAGCAUUUUUUAAUAGCAUUAAAUUCAGAAUGACUAUAGGAAAUAAGCAAUUCUAUGGCACUACUCUUGAAUCUUUUUCUAAUGUACUUAGUUGCUCAUUUAGAAAUCAAUUUUUUUAAUAGACAACAUUAGGACAUCAACAUUUAGAGUCUUAAAAAAUGUAUUUUUCCUUUUUUAAAUUCACAUAUCAUUCAACAGUCCAUGAUAUAAAUGGCAUUUAAAAGUAAGUGUAAUACCUGCUUCAAGCCAUUUAUGGAUAUAGUCAAGAUAUAAUUAUAUAUUCCUUACGUGUACUUUUAUAUUUUGUGAUGCAGGCUCACUACAUUAUACAGUUGUGUAGCAUACAGUCUUAUUUUACAAGUCUGUGUCAAACCAUCACUACUGUAGGCAACGAAAAUGGUGACAUGGAAUCAAGUACCUUGUUGGCCAUGAGAAGAAACCCAAAGAACUCAUGACCAGAAAUAUGUACUGUAUUCAAAUUUUAAUAAGCUAAUGUAUUAACUUUUAAAGUCUUAAAAAGGAUUUGUUUCAGGUGUGGAAUACAUUUAUGUAUUACUUGUAUGCUCUACACACAGAGGAAAUAUGUUUGUCGUGUACCAAAAAUGGCCUCGGCUUAAUUGUAAUUAUAUUUGUAGUAAUAAUAAUAAUAAACCAACUUAGCUUCUCA